GCCUGGUGACCAUGGCCCACUGCAAGAGCGAGCAGGAUGACUGGCUGGUUGUCUACCUGAAGUACUUGCUGUUUGUCUUCAACUUCUUCUUCUGGGCAGGGGGAGCCGCUGUCACGGCCCUGGGUGUUUGGACCCUCGCAGAGAAGAGCAGCUACCUCGGCAUCUUGGCCUCCAGCACCUUCGCCGCCUCGGCCUACAUCCUCAUCUCCGCGGGCACCCUGGUCAUGGUGACCGGCUUCCUGGGCUGCGGCGCUGUCGUCCGGGAGCAGAGGGGCUGCCUCUCCACGUACUUCUGCCUGUUGUUUGUCAUUUUCCUCGUGGAGCUGGUGGCGGGGGUCCUGGCCCACGUGUACUACCAGCGGCUCAGUGACGAACUGAAGCAGCACCUGAACCGCACCCUGGCGGAGAAUUACGGGCAGCCGAGGGCCGCAGAGAUCACCGCCUCCAUGGACCGUCUGCAGCAGGACUUCAAGUGCUGUGGGAGCAACAGCUCAGCGGACUGGCAGCACAGCACCUACAUCCGGUCCCAGGAGGCCCAGGGCCGCCGGGUGCCCGACAGCUGCUGCAAGACGGUGGUGGCACGCUGUGGCCAGCGGGUGCACCCCUCCAACAUCUACAAGGUGGAGGGCGGCUGCAUCACCAAGCUGGAGCAGUUCCUGGCUGACCACCUGCUGCUCAUGGGGGCAGUGGGCAUCGGGGUGGCCUGCCUGCAGAUCUGUGGGAUGAUUCUCACCUGCUGCUUGCACCAGAGGCUCCAGCGGCAUUUUUAUUAAAGGCCAACUCUGUCCCUUUCCGACCGUGCUCACCCGGACCAGGCCCACAUCCCAGGCCACGUGUGCACCAGGCCUGCAGACUCAGCCCCAGCCCAACCGGGGUCACGGACUCCUCCUGCGAACCCAAGUGCCUUAUCCAGCAGGAACCUCCUCAUUCUUCGUACUCGCUGCCCAAGCCCGGGGCAGAGAUGACUCUGCCAGGAGACAGCCAGACUCUUCCCCCAGGGUGGGUACCCUGGACGACGGAAGGGUGAGGGCUGGGCUCUUGGCCUCCUCCCGGCACUGGAACCGGAACGCAGGGCUGAAAACAGGGUCCCUGUGGAACCCCUGCACUGGCCAGGGAUCGGCCCCCAUCUGCUCUCCCCCUACAGUAGCACCAUGGUAGGGCAGGGAGGGUGGGUACAAGCGAGCCCUUGGACUUGCCCACGCCCUCUCACUGGAGAGUAGUGGCCUGCCCGCUGGGUUCUCCUGAGAGGCCUCCAUGCCAGUGAUGGCUGAGCCACCAGGCAGGGGCCCGGGCCAAGUUACCACAGCAGCAGGUGCCACACCAGGGACAGAGCCCUGCACAUCGCCCCCGAGACAUGGCCUGAGCCCCCGCCUAUCCCUUCCCCUAAGGAUCACCUGGUCCAAGCCAGAUUCUCAGGAUUGCCGGGCUAUACAUGUUCCUAGAUGUAAAACUCCUCCCCAAGGGGACCAAACCCCAGCCUGCAAAGUCAGAGAAGGGACCCUGAGAAGGAGGAGCUUUGGGUGGAGGGCUCCCAGCACCCCACUUUUCCUGGACACCCUCUCCCUAACCAUGUGACCAUGCUGCUCCUAAGAUCCCUGCUCUACUUUUCUACUGUCCCAGAGUGGACGCCGUCCCUUUCUUUGGUUCUCUUUUGUCACUGAGGGGAGCAGGGAAUGUUCUGGAAGACCCCUCCCAGACGCUAAGGGAGGACAGAAAGAAGACACUGGAGAAUAGGGGUAGAGAAGGUGUCAACUCGGAACAUAGCCUGGGGCCCCUCUGAGGGACUGUUUUGUGGCAGGUCCUAACACAAGACCCCCACUCCUGGCUUCCAUCUUUCCCUCGUCCUGCACUUCUCCCCGUGGUGGGGAUGAUUUUACCCUCCCACAUGGACGGCGACACCGUGCCACGCUGAGGUAAGGCCACGGGAGGUCACACCUCGCCCCGCCUGACCUGGUCGUGCCUGGCGAGCCCAGCUCUGAUGCCCAGGCUCAGUCCUAGGGAAGGUGUCCUCGCCCACACUCGCUGCCGUCACCUAAGCUGCGUCUCCACGGCGGGAAGAGCCGUGAGAACGGAGGGGCCCUCCGGGGGCUCCCUGGAGCCUGGGCUGGCUUUUCCCAUCUGCCUAUAGAAGUCUGGGGGUUGCCGAGGAAAAUUCAUUCAAAAGUAGACGGGCUUCCCCAGCAGCCCCGUUCCGUACCACAGCCAGGAAAUGGUGGAACUUGAUCAUCUCUGACUUCUGGGGAUCCCAGCAGAUUGUCCAGAAUCACAACUCCACACCUGCGGAGGAGAGAUGCCUGGCUGGAUCCGGGCUCUGCCCACAGAAGCCCCGAGGGAGGUAGCGGUGGACAGGGAGAUGCUAAGCCUUGCAUGAUUGCCCAAGGGGUCUCCCUGCCUUCUCUGGGACAUGGGGGACGGAGCUGACGGAGCGAGCAGGCACCACUCGCACAGCCGGUCCCUGUCACCAAGGUGGGGGAGGAACACCUGAUUCCCCAGCCCUGGGCCCACAGGUUGGGUGAGCCGGCGUGACGGGACUGGCUUAGCAGAGUCCUGCCCUGGGCACCGUCUGCCCUGACAGGGUUAGAGCAGAUAGUGGCCUGGCUAGAGAAGGUGCCCUGCGUGGUGGUGUGGGUGCCAUGCCUUCAGAUAGACUUUUUCUGCCUGCCUCUUGCCACACACACACUGUUGUUGGGCCCUGGGAUCUGGUCCUGGAGGGUGUCGCUCUGCGUCUCCCUCGAGGUUCUGAGUAGGGAGAGUGAAUUGGAACGGUUACCUUCAGCACCUACCGCACUACCCAGCCUUGCAAGCCCUGCCUACGCCUGGGAGAGACCGGGCAGGGACAGCAGUACUCGGUGUGGCCGCUUGGCGGCGCUCACGUCGGCCGAGGAUAGUACCGAUCAGUGUCCAGACAAGCAGUUCUCUAAUUUGCUGGUACCUGGCAAUCACUUAGGGGCUUUUCCCGAGAGAUGGCGAAUAACAGUUCCCAAGGGUGCUGGCGCUGCUGGCCCUGCAACCACUUUGAGGUCCACUGCUUUGGACCACACCACAAGGAGUCAUUGCCACGUUCCCUCAGAUGUCACAACCUCAGGGGCCAAGUCUCCCAGGCUGUCUGGCUUGGCUUCUGCUCACAGCAGCUUGAGGCUGUUCCCACUGUCGCCGCGCUGUUGGGGGUAGGAGGAAGCUCACCUCAGCCUCCUGUGCGUUCCUACAGCCCCCGCCCUGGCAGGCGGUGAUUUUGCCGGUGGACUGGCUGCCUGGGUCCUCCUCCUCUGCCCACCGUCUGUGUGCCUUAAUCAACCCUUGUGCGUCCUUUUCAUUCCCAUGUCUAUUUCAGCACAAUGCCCAGCCGUAUACAUAGAGCCCUCCCUCCUGCGCAUGCGCCUGCCGUACUCGCCCCUCCCCCCCACACACACACGCACACCUCGCAGGGUGCCACUACAAACGCCAGGCAGCCCAACGGGCAGGAGGCCACCUGGGCCCUGGAACCGACUGGCCCUGGACCGGGUCAUCACAUGUAGCAGGAGUGGAGAAGUUGCCUUCCGUACUGCAUGUAGGGAAUCUCUGCUCACUGCAAACCGGCGCGUCCUUGCUGAUCUGUGUAAGCCUGGAGUGCUGAGGGCGUGGUAAUAAAGGGCUUGUAUCUGGGA